UAUCUUGAAUGGAAUAUUGCUGCUGGGAGUGGCACUUGCCUUUGUGUGUUUGAGACGCUUCCAUCGGAGCAGCUGUAGAUUUGGAGCUGAGGACUGAGAUGCUCCUCUGUCUAAGGGAAGAAGAAAUGUCACAUCAAGAGCUCACACAGCGACUGGUCAAUGUCAUUACUCAUGUUGCUAUUUCUGUCAUUCCACAAAAUGAACUUGGCACUUCAGAGAUACUAAGUGAAGCCUACAGAUAUCCAGCUAAAAACUUAUACAGGGCAAAAGAUGAGAUUAUGCAACAAGAAAUAAGACCCCUACUUGCAGUUGAUAUCAUCGAGCAACUACAUAAACAGUUUGCUAUCCUAUCAGGGGGACGAAGCAGAGAUGGUGCACCAAUCAUCACUUUUCCAGAACACACUGCCUUUGGGGACCUUUCUGAUGAGGAUUUUCUUAACGUUGUAACAUACUUGACCAGCAUUCCAAGUCUAGAUGCCGCCAGUAUUGGAUUUAUCAUAAUUAUUGACAGAAGAGGAGACAAAUGGAGUUCAGUCAAAGCAUCAUUAAUGCGUAUAGCAGGAGCAUUUCCAGGGAACCUGCAGCUUGUGUUUGUGCUACGGCCUUCCCGGUUCAUCCAGCGGACCAUUGCAGAUAUUGGUAUCAAGCUUCAGCGAGAUGACUUUAAAAUGAAGGUACCGAUCAUCAUGUUAAAUACUAUAGCGGACCUGCACAAUUACAUUGAGAAAAGUCAGUUAACAAAGGACUUGGGAGGCACUCUGGAAUACUGUCAUAAUCAGUGGAUUCACCAUCGAACUACCAUUGAAGACUUUGCAAUGACGGUGAAGGUGACAGCACAGUUGUUACAGUCGUUUGGCACCGAGCUUGCAGAAACUGAAUUACCCAAUGAUGUCCAGUGUACUAAAGUGCUGCUCACCACUCACUCAGAAAAGCACAAUGAUCUCAAGGAUAAACUAAAAUCAGCAGUUACAGAAGGUAAUACUUUACUGGUACAUAUUAAGGAGCCAGUUACUAAAAAUCCUAAUUAUAAUCUGAAUUCUGAUGAACUGGAAAAUAUGGCUACUGUUGAAAGGUUACUGAUACAACUGGAAGAAACUGAAAAUGCCUUUGACCAGUUUUGGUCCAAACACCAUCUCAAGCUUGAACAAUGCCUACAGUUACGACAUUUUGAACAAGACUUUCGAGAGGUGAAGACCAUUCUGGAUUGUCUGAUGGAAACACAGGCAACAUUCACUGAUAUUGGAGACAGUGUGGUGUGUGUGGAACACCUCCUAAAGGAACUUCAACUUCAGGAGCAGAAAGCACAGGAAUCCUUAAGAAAGGCACAAUCUUUAGCUCAGCAUGGAGACCAGCUUAUCCAAAGCAACCACUAUGCCAUUGAUUCCAUCCGACCAAAGUGCAAUGAACUUAGACGUAUAUGUGACGAUUUUACCAAUGAAAUGAAGAAAAAACAUGAUGUUCUUGGAAAAUCACUUGAAGUCCAUAGGCAACUGGAUAGUGCAAAGGAGUGGUGCGAAACAGGGAUCUAUCUCCUAGCAUCUCAAGCAGUGGAUAAAUGCCAGUCACAAGAAGGAGCAGAGGCAGCACUCCAGGACAUCGAGGGGUUUCUGGAAACUGCUGCGCACCACAAGCUAACUAACCCUAAGGAGUUGCAUAAACAAUUUGAACUCUUUCUUACCUCAGAAAUUAAGACUAAAAUACAGGCGCAUCUCGAAAAGCUAGAAAAUGUUUAUGAAAUGUUUGAAAAACGUCAGGCUAGUUUAAAGAAACUAGCAGCGAAACAGACUCGUCCAGUUCAACCUGUAGCCCCACGACCUGAAUCAUCUCCAAAACGUUCCUCACCAAAACCAGUUAAGGCACCUGUACUCACUCCCAGUAGACGGAGUUUAGAUAACAUUAGCAAUUCAAAACUGCCAGUUGACACAGAAUUAGCGAAGAAACGAAACGUGAAGAAACCAAAAGGAAACUUAAAAAUUGAAGUGAUGCUUGAAGCCAGUCAAGGGGGAUCCAGUCCCAUCCAAGUGACAACUGAAAGUGAAGAGAACCUGUCUACUAGGAGGAGGCAUAUCAUGAAUGAACUGAUUGACACAGAACGGGCAUAUGUAGAAGAACUCCAGAGCAUCAUUGAGGGUUAUGCUAUGGAAAUGGACAAUCAAGAGCUGGCUCAUCUGAUCCCAGCUGCACUUAAGAAUAAAAAAGAAAUCCUAUUUGGAAAUCUUCCAGAAAUCUAUGAUUUUCAUAAUAGGAUAUUUUUGAAAGAGCUUGAAAAUUGCGUGGAGAAUCCUGAGCUAGUGGGAACAUGUUUUUUAAAGCGAAAAGAGGAGUUACAAAUUUAUGAAAAAUAUUGUCAAAACAAGCCCCGUUCGGAAGCCCUCUGGAGACAGUGUGGAGAUUGCCAAUUCUUUCAGGAGUGCCAGCAAAAACUGGAUCAUAAACUGUCAUUGGAUGCCUACCUUUUAAAACCUGUUCAGAGGAUUACAAAGUAUCAACUUCUCUUAAAGGAAAUGCUGAAGUGCAGUAAGAAUUCGGAAGGCACCGCUGAAUUGGAGGAAGCACUGGAGACAAUGAUUAGUAUAAUUAAAUCAGUAAAUGACUCAAUGCAUCAAAUUGCCAUUACAGGAUUUGAGGGUAACUUAAAUGAUCUUGGGAAACUCUUGAUGCAAGGAUCCUUUAAUGUGUGGACGGACCACAAGAAGGUUCACAGCAAGGUCAAAGACUUGGCACGGUUCAAACCAAUGCAAAGGCAUUUGUUCCUAUACACAAAAUUACUAUUGUUCUGCAAGAAAAGAGAGGAGAAUGCAGAUGGGCAUGAGAAGUCUCCCUCAUACAGCUUUAAACAUUCGCUGAAGAUGAGUGCUGUUGGUAUCACAGAAAAUGUUAAAGGUGAUAUUAAGAAAUUUGAGAUUUGGUACAAUGGCAGAGAAGAAGUAUACAUUAUUCAGGCAUCAUCGGUAGAACAGAAGAAUCUAUGGGUUUCUGAAAUACGGAAAGUACUAACAGGACAAUUGCAAGCCUACCGAGAAGCAAGCCAGCUAAACCAAAGGAUCCAGGAACAUGUUUAUCAAGCUCCACUGACCACACCGAACAGAUACAUGAAGAAAUCAUCUUUACAGCAACAAGACAACAAGGGUGAAACAUCUAGUUCAGAACUAAACAAGCAACAAGAGAACUCCAGCUUCAAUAACAGACAAAAGAGAGAAUCACAGUCUAAGGAACCAACAGUAAUUCGUCGUAUUUCCUUAGCUUCCUCCUUCAGUUCUUCACACAGCAAAGGAUCACUUUCUGGCCCAGAUGUUAAAGCUAAAAGAUAUGAAAUAAAGAGUGAUCCAACCCCACUGGGAUUUGAAGAUCCACUGUCCGACCCUUUCAUGACUGUAGCAAAGCGUCACAGCACAACCAGCUAUGUAACAAGAUCAGUUUCACAGACAGGCUGGCCAUGUAAAACAAUCCCAUCAUUGGACACCUCAGAGGAUUUUGAAACAAUUCCUUCAAGUAUGGAUGAGUUUUCCAACUCGUCAGAUAUGGAUGAAGAAAUAUCAAGUAGAACUACUCCAAGUCUAUUCCGGGUAGAGGGCAUUUGUGAAUCUAAUUCCACUGAGGAACUUGCAGUACAAAAUGGCGAAGUGGUUGAGAUGCUGCAAGAGGGAGAAGAGGGAAAGUGUCAAGUAAGAAGUCUGGUAACUUAUAAAGCAAGAUGGAUUCCUUCCAGCCUUUUACAACCAGUUGGCUCAGAACUAAACCCGGAUCAGACUGAUAAUAAUUCAGAUUUUUACAGUGACAUGUGUACAGCAGCACUUGCUGAUAGUGAAGACAAGGAGAGUGUGCACCUCGAAAGCUAUUCUUCAGGGACCAGGACCGAAAGCUGAUCUUGUUCUAACCUUACUUUGUCCCUCAAACUUCAGGCUUCUGUCAGGCCUACAACCAUCAAGGUUCUUGGAAUACCUCAGUAGCUGGGCACAUGAAGUGAGAAAGUACCGUGUUACUGCUGAAGAUUUGCAUAGCUGUGUGUAAAGAAUUGAGUUGCUUUGUUUGUAAUGGAUUCAUUUGUUCAUGACAAGUGCUCCUCAGUGGUAUAACAGGAUGAGUGUUAGCAGGGGCCAUGUUCUGAAGACAUAUGCAAAUCUGUUUUAUGCAGUUAAUGUUUUGGCCUUCCACUAAUCUAUAUUGCUUGAUGGAACAAACUAAAUUAAAUGCAGUUAAUAAAUCUGACUUGGAGGUUUUUGACAUGUCAUGAUGAACCAAGCCAGUACUUCAUGCUUUAACUUUUGUUACAGUGCUUCCACAAGCACACAGAUAAUCUGUUUGGUCUGAGCCCUGUGGUAUUUCAGGUCACGCGAUGUGAGCAAGUACAGAGAUACCAAGAAAAGAGGCUAAACAUCAUUAUAGGUGGGUACACUGAUGAUGCGAAGUGAAAAGAAUUUUCUCAGGAAAUAGUUUCUGCUCCUCAGAGGAUGUGUGCUCGUCUGUACUUUGUUAGGUGGCUGUGCUUUCGUGCAACUCUGCUCAACUAAUAGUGGCCUUUAGCUACAUCCUUGAGACAACCGCUGUGGGGAGAAAGAACACCGAAAGAAUUGCAUGAAAAAUGACAAAACAAUACAGCCAGUAAAAGAUGUUCAAACUGCAGAUGAUACUUCAUUUAAAAGUACUGUAUGGAAGCAGUAAAAUGGUCCAUGCUGCAUGUUGUAAUUGUAUUUUAUUGAAUAUUUUAACAAGAUCCUUAUACUUUAAGGCAAACUUACUUCAACAAUUUUGAAAGGUAUAAUGAAUCUUCUAAAGAUUGAUCAAUGUGAAAUGUUUUGUGUACCUUUAUCAGAGACUGGUGUCAAUUUAUGUGAGGGGUGUUUCUGUUUACAGUAUGAUUUGCAGGAUUGGAAGCUAAUGCUUGAUUAUGACUAAACGUGAAUAAAAAGAAGAGAGCAUUGGUUUACUAUAAAGUUCAGACAAUGAAAUAAAAUAACUAGAUUAUUUGAUCUUGUUGAGAUGAAGUAUGGAGAAGAGAUAUGAUGAAAUUUCACAGGAGCAUAGUGAUUAGCAUGACGCUUUACAAUACAGGCAAACUGGGCUCAAUUCUCACCAUGACCUGUAAGAAAUCUGUACGUUCUCCCCGUGGCUGUGUGGGUUUCCUCCGGGUGCUCCAGUUUCCUCCCACAUUCCAAAGCCUCACCAGUUGGUAGGUUCAUUGGUCAUUGUAAAAUUGUCCUCUGAUUAGGCGAGCAUUAAAUUGCAGGAUUGCUGGGCAGUGUAUAUUGAAGCGCCAGAAGGGCCUACUCCUUACUGAAUCUCAAUAAUAAAAAUGUCAGAGCAUAAGAGACUGCAGUUGGUGUUUAUUGAGGAUGUUGUGUCCAGAAAGGUAAGCAGUUAUAAUGUUUAUUCUAAGGAAAUGCCGGUUUGCAAUGGAAACACUAAAGUUUUUAAUCAGUAGAUAGCAUUUCCCUUUCAGUUUGCCGUUUGUAGUCACACUCUGCAGUUAACUCUCAAUAUUUCAGUGACCAAUGUCAACACCAUACAUUGAAAAGCUUCUUUGAAGCAAACUUAACAUGGGCGUUAAAUCUAUAAAACAUGCCAUAACCUAUGAAAGAUGAUGAAGAUCAUAAACUUGGAACUCUGAAAUAAAAAAAACAAAGUGCUAGAAAUACUCCGUAGUCUGAACGGCAUGUGUAGAAAGAGAAAUAAAGUUCAUGUUUCAGGCUGAUAUCCUUUGAUGAGAAUAGGAAAUGGGGGGGGGGGAAUGUUAAUUUUAGGUUAGAGAGAGUAGGAGGAAAGGAAUAUUCCAGAAAGGUGAAUGAGUGCAUCGGUGGAAGUAAACGAGCUGCACCUCAGCUCAAGGAACUCACAUUAUCUUGAUGUGGGAUGGAGGUACUGAGGGAUUGUUCAUCCAUGGUGAAGAUAAGACAUUUAUAGCUAAAAGAUCGGAAACCUUCAAAUUGGCAGAGGGAUAGGUAAAAUGUCACUGACGUGAGUGGGAAGAAAAUGGAUCAAGUAGAAAGGAUGAAAACUAGGACAGAAGAAAGAAUCUUGGUGGGUAGGACAGGCUAUAACAAUGGGUUUGCCUGGACUGUCCUAUUUAUGGAAUUUGGGCAAGAGUAGGGGGUUGGGAGAUUCUGGAGGCCCAACCCUAGCCCUCCUCCUAUUCACCCCUCCUCCCCAUCUUCUCAGCACCUUUAACUUGUGUUCUUUCCCAGUUCUGCUACAGAAUUUUCAACCUAAAAUAUCAGCUCUAAUAUCAUAACUCCAGAUGAGGCAAGUUAUAACCAAUGUUUGUGAUGGCAGUAGAAGUAGCAGUGUUUUCUUUGCCUAUUUAUGUCCAGGUCAGUCACUGUUCAUUUACAAACCCAGUGCAACUUGCAAAGUGCAAAUGCAGCCUUGACUCUCAUCAGUCCAUGUACUCAAUCUGCUAGAACGUUUUGUUUUGUUUGUAAAUGCUCUCACUUCUGGUGUACUGAC